AUGAUGGUCAGUGAAUCUCUUCAUUUUCAUGUCAAUGAUGUUCCUCAUUUCACUGAAAUUAUACUAUUCGGACUACAGCAAAUGCUGGUUUGUAUAUCGGCUCUUCUAGUUACGCCGUAUCUUUUAUCGAAUAUGUUGUGCGCGGGCACGGAGACUAUUGCUAUCAGAGUCCAACUAAUUGCGGCGACUUUUGUAACAACUGGAAUUGCUACCAUACUACAGACUACAUUUGGUUUGAGAUUAGCAAUCCUUCACGGACCCUCAUUUGCCUUCCUUCCUGCUCUACACGCUUUCGAGGAAUUGUAUCCAUGCACUUCUGAAACUGAUACAAAUCUCUGGAAGGAGAAAAUGCAGCUCGUACAUAGUUUGACAGUAAUUCAGAAUUUCAGUUUCCCAUUCCAGAUUUCCGGAUCUCUAUUCCUUGCAGUUCUCAUUAUGCCAAUUAUGGGUGUUACUGGUCUGGUUGGGAAGAUCUCUAAACACAUUGGACCCAUUACAAUUGUCCCCAUGCUAGUUCUUUUGUGUAUUGGAACUGUCCCGGAUAUUCAAGAAAAAGUGUCCUUACACUGGAUUUCGAUAGUUGAAAUUUUACUUCUAAUUGUUUUUGUGGUUCUUCUGGAAGACCUGGAAGUCCCAAUUCCUGGAUAUUCAUUUUCAGAAAAGAAAUUUAUCUAUACAAGGCUUCAAAUGUUUAGCCAGUUUCCGUACCUCCUUGGAAUCUGUAUUGCCUGGUUCUUAUGUUUCCUGCUAACAAUUACAAAUCUGGAACCUUCUGGAAGUCCAGCUAGAACUGAUCUAAACGAAAGUGUCUUUGUGUUCGAUCAAACGCCAUGGAUCCAAGUACAGUAUCCUUUGCAGUUUGGAUUCCCCAAAUUCAGUUUCCAAUUGAUCAUUGCAUUCACUGCAUCGACAGUGGUGGUAAUGAUAGAGAGUGUGGGAAAUUAUGGAAUCUGCGCUCAGAUUUCGCAACAAGGAAGUCCUCCGUCGUCAAGUAUCAACCGAGCGUUUGUUGUCGAAGGUGUCGGAAGUAUGUUGGCUGCGUUGAUGGGCUGUGGGACAGGAGUGACAACGUAUUCCGAAAAUAUUGCAAUUAUGCAAGUUACAAAGGUGACUAGUCGAAUCACAAUGCAAUGUGCUGGUGUAUUUCUAAUCCUUAUGGGAGUUGUUUCAAAAGUCGCCGCCUUCCUCGCAAUGAUCCCCGAAGCUAUUAUUGGAGGCGUCCUAGCUGCUGGCAUGAGUAUGGUUUGUGGAGUUGCCUUUGCCAAUUUACAAAAUGUGGAUCUUCGCCUCUCUCGGAACAUCACCAUUGUCGGAUUGUCGAUAAUUCUAGGAUGUACCAUUCCUGCACAUUUUAAGAAAAAUCCAUUAGAUACUGGACAUAAAACAAUGGAUGAUGUAUUGGGAACUCUGUUGAAAAUGAGGAUGUUGGUUGGCGGACUGAUUGCGUUCUGUUUGGAUUUGAUGGCUCGUGGAGCUACACGGGGGCAGAGAGGACUAGAAGAGAGAAUUGAGCAGAGGGAUCUAGCAAUUGAGAGAGAUGGAUUCGCUUUUUCGAGGUUCGCGAAUCAAACGAUCCUAAAGAUUCCAUCAAUAACGAAACUGCCUGUUAUGCCGUCAGAAAGAUCUAUAAGACAGGUGGAGGAGUUGAGGAGCAAUGGGGAGAAGUCAAAGGAGAAGAUUUAG